GUUUUUUAGGCUGGAAGAGCUAGCAUCCUGACGACCUGUCAACACUUCCAAGCUCAAACACAGCCAAGCAUUGAAGCACCUAUGGUCGCCUUUAACUGGACAGACUGUAUGGCAAUUGACCUUUUGCACUAACUCUAUAUCAGCCUUCACCAAGACACAGCCAUGGGGAAUACAAGCAGUGAGAGGGCUGCCAUGGGCCCGGGGGAUAAGGCUCAACGGAGGGACAGCCGAGGAAUCAAGGAGGGAGAGAGGCCCAAGAUCCUCAUGGACAGCCCUGAGGAUGCAGAUAUAUUUCAUGGUGAAGACAUGAAAGCUCCUUUAGAGAAAGAGGAGUUCCUUGCAUGGCAGCAAGACUUGGAAGCAGAUGACAAAGCUCCCACUCUAGACCGACCUACCGUCUUUCGCUGGACUGGAGACGGCAAGGAGGUUUAUCUCUCUGGAUCCUUUAACAACUGGGCCAACAAAAUUCCCCUGAUUAGAAGUCAGAACACUUUUGUGGCCAUCGUUGAUCUACCUGAGGGAGAACAUCAAUACAAGUUUUACGUGGAUGGCCAGUGGACCCAUGACCCAGCUGAGCCAGUUAUAACCAGCCAGCUUGGCACAGUCAACAAUAUCAUCCAGGUGAAGAAAACUGACUUUGAGGUGUUUGACGCCCUAAUGGUGGACUCUCAGAAAUGCUCUGAUAUGUCUGAUCUCUCCAGCUCUCCUCCUGGACCAUAUCAUCAGGAUGCCUAUGUUCCCAAACAGGAGGAGAAGUUUAAAUCUCCACCGAUACUCCCUCCUCAUCUGCUCCAGGUCAUCCUCAACAAGGACACUGGAAUUUCUUGUGAUCCUGCAUUACUCCCAGAGCCCAAUCACGUUAUGCUCAACCACCUCUACGCUCUGUCCAUUAAGGAUGGAGUGAUGGUGCUCAGCGCAACACAUCGUUACAAGAAGAAGUACGUCACCACCUUAUUAUAUAAACCCAUCUGAGUCCAGCCUGCGUUUAGAAUUCCCUCCCACUGUUUAACUGUACACUGAGUGUACAAAAUAUUUAUUCCACCUUUUUUUUUUCUUUUAGCCAUAAAGUAGAGACAAAGUAAACCCAGAAUUAUCGCUGAUUUUACUUUUUCCAUCCACCUUCUUUCUUGAGGAAGCAACUGUCAAAGAGGUGUAGGGAACAGACUACAAGUAAAAUUAAGACCGACAGGCUUUAGUUAAAAAUGUAAAGCUAUUACGUGUUCAUUACAGAAGUGGUAACGAGAUAAGAUGACUACAUUGGACAGACACGUGGAGUAAAACUCAGAACGUAUGAAUCAUUUCAAAGGAUGCCCAUAUAAAUGUGCUUUAAAUAGAGGGAUCUGAAUGCCCUUGUCUGACAACUUGUAUCAUGUGUCCAGUUUUCAAAAGGAAAGCUGACUCUUCUACGAGAUCCUCAUAGUAAGCCGAGACGAGAGAUUAUGUUUUGUACACUCAUUGUACUGUGUAUGUAGUUAUUAUCACUCAGUCACUCCAGUUCUACAUAAUCUGCCUUGAUUUGUUCAGUGAAUGCCCUCUGUAGCUUUCAACAACAGUAUCUUUGCUCAAUAAACAUAGAGAGGAAAUAACAAUGAGGCAUGUCUGCAGUAAAACACAGACAUAAAUGCAAUGAAAAGGGCUAGUGAUGCUGGGAAAAUAGGAUUGAAAAGCCGCAGGUACACGUAGGCGCUAUUGGCUUUCCCACGGUUUGGAAGAUGACACGGGGACAAUCGAGAAUGUGAAUGUUUGAGUUAAAGACAGAAAAAAAAUGCACUGCUGUAGUUCACUGAUGUUAUAUUUUUAGCUGUUUACCUUAGUUUAUUUAGUAUGAUUGCACUGCACACAGUAGAUAUUUGUUUUUUAUCACUUGAAGUAUUCAUUACAUUAUCUUUUUUAUGUUGGUGAUUUGUUUGCGUGCAGUGUUGUGGUCAAGAUCAGUUCAGACUUGGACAACUAAACACAACUAAAACAAUCUAGAGUUAGAUAAGUCACAAUGUGUCUUUUCUUAUUACAUGACAUAUCAGGAAAAGCUAAACAUAAAUCCUCCUACAUCAAGUGUUUGUGCCAUGAAAUGUUAGCAGCCUAGUUCAUGCUUGAGUCAAGGACAUAAAAAGAUAUUUCAAAUAUGUAAAUAUAAGAUGACAAUGGAAGGGUAGGAUACUAUGUGAAGGAUUACAUGACCAAAACAAUCUGGAAGAACCCCAACAUGGAUGAAGGGACCAACACAGAAUCAUGUGACAGACUGCUACUGUUACUGAAGAUUAGUACAACUUUGUCUGUGCUGUUUUAUUGAUCUGUUUAUAUGACUAGAAUGUAUUUUGAGUUGAAGGUAUGGACUUUCAUCAUUGAAUACAUUGUUUAAUUAUAAAAUUUAUCAUUUUGAACGUGUUAGUUUUGUUAACUUAAACCAUUGAGGUUGUUAUGUUUAUUUAAUUUUGUUUUAUGUUAAAAAGCAGUUCAAUAACUGUCCUGCAAAUGUGACACAAAACACUGAAAUUCAUGUAAUGUGAAAUCCAGUAGAGACUGAGUCCACUCCGCUAAGGUCUGAUUAGCAUUCAACAGUACAUGUUAAGGUUCUAGACUUGAAUGAAAAAUAUCAGGUUUGAAGAUUUUUGUUGAUGUUGACGCUGAAAAUCAAACAAAAAUGCUGAUGUUACAUGUUUUUGAUUUCAGAUAUAUUUCUAUUAAAGGAAAAGUUACAAAUGUA